GCGAGUGGGGAGGCGGUUUGUCGUUGUUAUAUGACGCAGACAGAGAUGUCGGAGAAGCGACCACUCAGCGAGGACGAAUCCGAGGAGGUGGCACCAGCUAAGAUGGGCCGACGUGAGGCGCCGACCACAAAUGGCGUGAGCGGCGAAGAAGAGCCGGCCACGCCGCUGCCCAUCUCUAACCCGUUCCAAGAGCGGUUCCGCGCACCCGGGCUGUCGGCCGGAGAGUACCACGUGCUGGACGAGGCCCGCAGCGAUGACGACGGGGACGACGGAGCCGACUCCGACUCCGACAUGGAUGAGGACGAGCUCAUGGCCAUGCUGGACGCCGACCUGCCCGCCAAAUUCAAGGGCACGCGGCGCCUGCGAGUGCGCGGAGAAGAAAGCGAGGAAACCGGGGAAGCCGAAGAGGCGGGCUACGAGGAGAGAGACAAGGUGGUGCUCAUCGAGCGCGGUCGCAACCCGGUGGAGCCGCUGCCUGAGGGCUGGGUGCAGGUGACGCACAUGAGCGGCCUGCCCGUCUACCUGCACCGCCAGUCGCGCGUCGUCACCAUCACGCGGCCUUACUUCCUCGGGCCCGGCUCCGUCAGGAAGCACGACGUUCCUCUCUACUCAAUACCGUGUCUGCAAUACCUACGGGAGCUACAGAAAGAAGAGGCUGAGAAAGGGACAGAACUAGACACGCCGGCCUCCUGUCCAGUCACCAGUACCCAGCCAGGUACCCCUGCCACUCGUCCGACCCAGCCGGACGCUGAAGACUCGUGCCCUGCCGGUGGUGCUCUGCCAGACACCGCGGCAUCCCGUCUGGCCGCUGGUCCAGCUUCGGCAGUUGGGGACCAAGUGUGUCCAUCCGGCGGUCGAGUCUUAAACUCUGAAGACUCACCGCUGUCACCAGCCGCGGAUGACGCUGAGCGCUCGGCCGGUGGCAGUCAGAUGGCACUGGCCGGUGCCGAGUUGGCCGCCCCAGCCGCCGACAGCCGGGCGCUGACGGCCGUCUCGGACACCGGGCGGGGGCUGAGCCCCAGCGCGGCGGGCGGCUCCGGCGGCGCCAGCGCACCUCAGUCGGAGGCCGCCGACGAUGGCACGGGUGCGGGUCCAGUUCCCGUGGAGGGUACGUCGAUGGUGGUCAAGGACCCCUCUCUCACCCCGACCGAAGUGAACGAAUACUGCUUGAAGCGUUUCCAAUUCAAAACAAUCCGCCUAAUGAAGUUCACAACGUGGAGGGAGCGCCGACAGUACCUGCGCAAGAAGCGCAUGCAGAGGCCGCAGAUGUCCAGCAAGACCAAGUUGCUGUCGUUCCCCGUACAACCGAGCAGGAACUCGGCGGCCGCGUCCGCUGCCCGGCCGCGCGAAUGGGUGCUCAACCCAGGCGGCAAGAGCUACGUCUGCAUCCUACACGAGUAUCUGCAGCACGUGCUGCGUGAGCAACCCGUCUACAGCUACUCGGAACUGGAGAACGCCGCCACGCCGUACGGCGCCACGGUGUCAGUGCAGGGCGUGCGAUACGGCAGCGGCUACGGCCCCAGCAAGAAACAGGCCAAGUCGGAGGCGGCCAAGGCCACCCUGCAGAUCUUCAUCCCCAACCUGAUGGACGAGAUCGACGCCGACAAGACGCUCAAGGGCAGCACCAAGCCAGCCGAUAUGGACCUCUCUUUUUUCGACUCGAUCCGUCUGGUGGACCCGCGGGUGGCAGACCUCUGCAGCAAGGCGGCUGAGCCCUCCCCGUACACCAUCUUGCUCAUCUGCCUACAGCGAAACUUUGGCCUGACCGGCAACCAGGUUGCCUGCAAGCUGCACACCAACAAGCACCAACACAACGAGUUCGAGAUGACCGUCGGCAAGCACACGGCCCGCGUGCCCUGCAAGAACAAAAAAGACGGCAAGCACCUGGCGGCCCAGUCCCUGUUGCAGCAACUGCACCCGCACGUGACGUCGUGGGGUUCGCUGUUGCGGAUGUAUGGCAAUCACUCGAGCAAGUCGCUGAAGGUGAAGCGGCAGGAGGAGCAGCAGAUCACGCUGCUGCAGAGCAAGGCCACCGUCAACUCGCCCAACUACGCCAUCCUCGACAAGUUGCGUGCCGAGAUGAGCAAGUUGCAGGAGGUCCGGAAGCAGAUCAAGCCGAUAGGCAUCCUGCAGCUGGCGGAGACGCCGGCGGGCCCGUCCGAGUCGGGCGUUACGCUGGACGUGGUCGACCUGUGACGGCUCGCUGUCAGUGUCGCCGCACGGACCUGUGACGUCACCGAGUCAGAGGCCAGCGAGACUAGUCUGUGUCGGCGUGUGCUAGGAGACGAUGAGACUGGCCUGUGCUGUCAAGUCAGAGGCCGGCUGGCUGGUAUUCUCACUCCGUGGUAAGGCGGCGAGACAUUGAUGGAGCUCAGGGCUACCGACGCUGCGCAGGCCCGUGCUGGGUGUCUCGGGGCCGACGCGCCGAGCCGUCCGCAGCUGUGCCGCUGUGCCGGCCAGCCCGGGGCGCGUCAGGGAGUCAUCGCUGCGUGUCACGGAUGGCCGGUCGGGGACAGCCGUGUACGCUCUGCGGCGCUGGCGCGGCGGCGCCCGGACCAGUGCGCUGUCGUGUCGACUUCUCAAUCCUCUUCUCAUGCUGGCCCGCUGAGAGGCUUGCACAAAGCACGGCAGUGCUAGGCGUUGUGAGCGCGCCGCUGGCCGUGGCUGUCUGACGGCCGCCCCCGCCGUGUUUCCAGCGGGCCGUGUUGAGCUGUUGGUGCUCUGCAGUCAUCUCGCAGACCCGGUUAUUCUGCCGAACGCAACCGAAUUCUAGGCAGGCGUGUGCGCGUUUUACUAUCUUCGGUACGCCAGAUGGUAAGAGCCUUAGCCCUAAGCAGUGCGUGGCCAGUGAUUUGGUCUGGAGCAGUGUGGCCAUGACGGUCGUGGAAACAGUUGUAACCUACCGUACGCUUAUAUUGCACUUACACCGAGUUUGCAAUCCAUUGGGCGUCGAGCUUGCUUUUUGUGAAUUGUUUCUAGGCUAACUACCGCGCGUUUCUGCCUCCUUUCAAAAUUGGAGAGUAAAUAGUUUUCUGUCGUACGCUGUCGGUGUGGAGUGUUGAGGUUUUCAUGCUUUUUAUAAUGAUGUGUCUUAAAUGCUCUAAGCUUGGCAAGGUAUUCUGAUCGCUACGUGUUUUCUUUCCUGCACACUACUUCCUAUAGAUGCAAAA